GCAGCUGCUGCUACAACAGCUACCUCAACAGCUGCUACCGCUCCCACGAAUACAGCAGCACCCACAGUGUAUCCGCGGGCAUCGAGCCUGCAGGAGACGCAAGAAGGCCCGCAUGCAGCGCAGUCCGCGCUCGUUCGGCAGAUGGACACACAGGUAGACGCUGUGACCUUCCCUGCAGCAGCCGCUGCUGCUCUUUCCCUGUGUAAUGCAGACGGAGCAACAGCUGAGGCUACAAGGUGUGCGUCACAGUCAGGCGCUGCUGAACCGCCUCCGAAAAGGCCUGCUGCUCCUGCCGCUGCUUCUACUUGUGCAGAGUCAUGUGCUACUCCGGCGGGCUCCUCCUGUGCUGCUGCGCCUGCCGUGAGCACUAAUGAGGCCUCUGAUCCUGAGCUUUGA